AUGGCACCGACACCUAAUCGUCAAGCAGCACCAAUCUUACCCCCCUCCACGCCUGCGAACUCGCGUCCCCAGUCACAGCAAACCGUGAAUAGCCAACAGCGCGACCACCAAAACUCCACGCCUACUUCGGAAAACAGAAUGAACCCGCCGCCUAUUCCACGCUCCCUCAUGACGCCGGCACGCGAGAUGCGCGAAAGCUCAGUUGCGUCGACCGCCACUGGAAGCGCGCGCAAACCGCGCCAGAAUCUCGAGGAGCGCGAUCACGUCCUGAUGGUGAAGCAUUGCUAUGAACAGCGCCACAACUACAAGGAGGGCACCAAGGCGCAAUUCUGGGCCGGCGUCAACGCCGCCUUCCAACAGGACACGGGGAAAGUGCUUGCGCAGAUGAGCGCGACGGUCGCGAGAUUGGUGGAGGCGAGGAGACGGCAGAUAGCAGACUGGGAGAACGGGGUAAUUCCACAGAAGCCGGGCGGGGAGCUGAACGAUCACCUGGAUCAGUGGAUGGAGUUCUUGAGGACGGAGGAUGGCGAGGCGGAGGCGGAGCGCAUGAGACAGGUGGAUGCGAGGAGGCGGGUGGAAGAAGCGAGGAAGGAGGCCAGGCGAGCUGCUCUCGCGGCGGAGACGCUGGUGAGCGCUCAGAAUCCGGGCGCGAGGCCAGGGGCAGCACCGCAGGCGCCUGUCGCGGAUAUGGGACAGCAACCACCGCAGGAGGGCGGGGAACUGGUGCCGGCUAAUGGGCAGGUUGACAUGAACGGCUAUAACCCGCGCAAACGGAAGCGUCAGAACGAACGCCAGCUGAACCGCGAGUUGCAAGCCCAGAUCCAGCAGCAGCAAGAGGCCUCAUGGGCGUAUACACAACAGCACCCACCUGAGCCACCCCGGAGGGUAGUGGUCGAGGGCGCACUAACGAAAGAGGACUGGAUGGAGAUCAUGGGCAGCGAUGCGCGACUGCGGGCGCUCGAGAACAAGGUCGACAAGAUCGAGCUCAUCUGCUCUCAGAACAACAAGCUGCUGCUGCAACUGCUGCAGAACCAGAACAAGGAUCGCAAUGAGGAGGAGAGAGUGCCGGUUCAUCUCGACGCAGAGUUUGAGAGGGAUUACCUGUGA